AUCUUUGGGAAUACGCCCUUAAAGUGAUUCCACUCUAGACAGAAACAUGAAAAUUGCGACAAAAUAAUGGUACCAUUAACCUUAAAACUAACUAUUCUAUUUCAAUAUUGCACAACACGGUUAUAAGUUGUCGUUCACUAGUCUGCUGGAGAGGUGAGCCAAAAAUAGACGCAGAGACAUCAGCCACGUAAUAGUUACUGAAAACUGGAACACCGAAGAGGUGUACCAAGAAGAUAAAACCGGGGUAAAUUCGAGUGUCUCAGUAAUUGCCGAAGACUGGAAACAUGGUGCCGCGUCUCUUUUCCCUCUUGUGUUGCUUCGCAUUGCCAAUGGUGGUGUCGGGAGAAAGAAUGUGCGCUGUCUACACAAUGAUAAGCCACGGCAGUGUGGUUCGAGGUGGAAGCCAAGCACUUGCCAGCGAGCAGUGGUACAAAAUACACCGAUAUUUUGAUCUAAACACGAACGCCAGCAUCGCAGCUGAAGGGAGGAAGUUCCUACUGUUUUUGAACGACUGGUACGGCAUCAACGUGGACGUUGGCAACAAUACCUUGUCAGGGGUUGAUCCAGCUCCCGUGGUUUUCCAUACCGCAGCGGUUAACUUUACUUUUUUUAUCAUGACCCUUCCGAUGUCUGCUAAUUUUAAACUUAAUUCGGAGUCACGCAACAAUACAGUUCGUUAUUACGGCUCCAACAUUUACAGUAACGCAUGGGUGAUUGUAACCAAAAAUGAGUUUACUGUAACGGAGGGUCGAAAUCAGGGAAUGGUCGUCCCGGCAAGAAGUAUGAUACGGCUACAAUAUUACUAUAUGAAACCUGGACAGAAGGGGUUCGACAGCGAGAUUAAGCUCCGUGCAGAACACCGUGUGCCAAUGCUGCUGAUUCCCAUCCCCUUGGGCCAAGACACUAAUCGUACCGGGUAUGACGUCACACAAGGAACGUACGUCGUCUACAAUCAGCAUGUCACCAGUCUGACCAGGCCAGAGUUCGGUGACGGCGUAGCGCGUGGGAUCUCUCCUCGAUACGUGCACGGAAACGAAUUUCUGAAUGAUGGCAGAAUGGUGGUAACCUUCGCCUGUGACCGUACCGAGUACUGUCUGCCAUAGUUUGGCUAUGAUACAGAGGGGUUUUAAAAUAUAUCUUUUUUGCUUUAUGGAUUUCAGUUUUUAUUCUGAACCAGUGGGAAUUAUUGUAAAGGUUGGGAAAAGAGUA